AUGCCUCCAAAGCCUGGAGACAAGCAGAUCAGCAAGCCGCCUCAGCAAAAGUUCAAGCUGAGCAGUCGGGGUCUGCAGUUGGCACUUGAUUUGAGUGCUGCGUCUACUGCUUCUGCUGCUUUCAGCACGGCCGCCGCUGCUUCUGAUACUGCUGUUGCAGGGACCACAGCCGACUCUCCCGCCAUUGCUGCGUCUCCUCCAUCAUCCCGUCUGUCCGGCUCCGGCUCAGGCUCCGUGUCGGUGCUUGACUCAAAGGCUCAUGAGGCACAACGCUUCAUCCACGUGCACGUUACCCUCCCCAUCUCUCACCAAUGA